AGCAGGAGGCAGCAGGGGAGCCGCCUGUUGUUCCCCAACCCUGUGAACUUGGGAAUCAAUUAUGCGUCAGCUCGCUGCUGAUUGGCCCAGCCGUGAUACUGCGAUGACAAGCGCGACGGGGUUGGGGGCGAGAUGACAAGCACGAAAUCCAGUGAUGAACUGCCGGGAGGAUAAAUGCAUGUCUUGCUGAAGUGUCUCUCUGUUUCCUGAGGUGGAAAUCUGUUGAGUGAGGAGGAAUGUACUGCAGGAGUGUGUGCUGUAACCACUGGUCAUCUGAGGAGAGGCUGGAUGGGAAAACAGUCAUCAUCACUGGGGCCAACACUGGAAUUGGCAAAGAAACGGCCAGGGACCUGGCAGGAAGAGGAGCACGUAUUGUCAUGGCGUGCAGGGACCUGGAGAGGGCAGAUGAGGCACGGACGGAGAUUUUGGAAGACACAGGAAAUGAGAAUGUGGUCAUCAGAAAGCUGGAUCUAUCUGACACCAAGUCCAUCAGAGCGUUUGCUGAACUCAUCAACAAAGAGGAGAAACAAGUGAAUAUCCUGAUUAACAAUGCAGGCAUCAUGAUGUGUCCCUACUCCAAGACUGCUGACGGCUAUGAAAUGCAGUUAGGGGUCAAUCAUUUGGGUCACUUCCUGUUGACUUACCUGCUGCUGGACCUCAUCAAACGCUCAGCUCCUGCCCGUAUUGUUGUUGUGGCGUCGGUGGCCCACACCUGGACCGGGCUUCGAUUGGAUGACAUCAACAGUGAGAGGAGCUACGAUACCAUGAAGGCCUAUGGACAGAGCAAACUGGCUAAUGUCCUCUUUGCACGCUCACUGGCCAAACGUUUGCAAGGAACUGGGGUGAGUGUGUUCUCUCUCCACCCGGGGGUGGUGCAGUCUGACCUGUGGAGGCACCAGCACCAGUGUAUCCAGAUGGCAGUGAAGAUCUUCAGGAUCUUCACCAAAACAACAGUGGAGGGAGCACAGACAACAAUCUACUGUGCUGUGGAGCCACAUCUGGAGAGCCAGAGUGGAGGAUACUUCAGUGACUGCGCUGCUGCAAGGUGCUCACGGACUGCUUCUGACGAUGACUUGGCCCAAAAGCUUUGGGAGAUAAGCUGCAACAUGCUUGGCAUCACUUGGCAGUGAAUAGUGAAUAGUGCACAGCGAACGACAUUCCUUUCUAGAGGCAUUAAUGUUACUGUUACUGUUGUGAAAAAGAUGUAUUUUAUGACUUUAAGUACUUAACAAUCCAAACAUCACUGGAUCACUGCUAAGAGCUCGUCAAAUCUGACGUUUUGUCCAGCAAGAUUGCUUGAUGAUUUAGCCAUUUUCAUAAUAUUUGUUAGCAUUCACUGGCAGACAAAUGAUUUUCAGUACUUUCUGUAGAAUAUGAAAACUGUUGAAGGCAUAUAAAGUUUCUUUUUCUGUGCUUUUGCUAACUGAUUUGUCAGUUUUGUCUCUGAAGUGCAGAUGCUGUUCCAUGUUAUCUUGUAAAGAUGUUAGCUAGCACAGUCUUACUUUGGAAGGGGCUCUCGUUGGCCCCAGGCUGAGAGUUGACCAAGGGAUAACUUCUUUUCACGCACACAUUGUUAACCCUGAUUUAGCCUGGGCUCUGGGUUAUAUGGAUCACACUGCAUUUCUGCUAGCCUUAGAUUAAAUGUAUGUUGGAACAUUCCACAAAAGAUUGAGUUCUAGAAAGAUGCUUUACUACUCUACUUACUUUAGCCCUGUUUCAUACCUUUUAGUCACGUGUUUAGUCAGGUUUCAGGGGAUAAUUCAGCAAAGUGCUUUCUGACCCUGCUUUGGAGCAGGCAAAAGUCAGUGUUAACGCACUGCACAACGUGUCCAGUUGUGCCAGUGUGAAGGUUUUCGUGGCCUAAAGCCAAACAGCAUCUUAUCUUGGGGCUAAGUUGGUUCCCAGAAUGCUUGUAGCCUUGUGCCAUGUGCAGUGUCAAAAGCCUUACAUGAUACUGUGGUAGACAGCUAAAGCAAUCAAAUGACAGCUAAUAUGAAGUAAGUGCUGCCCUGUUUUUGCGGUACUUAAAGUAUCAAAAUGCACAUUUACUGAUCAGUAAAACACAGGUCAUUGGUCUACUUUGUUUCAUUGAUCUGUUUCAUUGCACAUCCUUGUAUCAUGCAAUCUUAAGUUUAAGGUCUCUUCCUGAGGAAGGGGAACGUUAAAGCCUCUGUGGUAUGGCUAUGCUGGGGUAAUAUUUUUAUCUCCAUACCUUGCAGCCAUGAUAUAUUUACAUUAUGGUUUUCAUUACAACGUUCAAACUGGGUAUAUUUUAAUGUGACAACAUAUACAGAAUGUAAGAAUUUGACCUGUUAUACUGGAAAAAAAAUAUUUGUUGGUUUACUUAGCAAGGACAGUGGACAUUAAUAAACAUUAAUGUAAAUGCACCAGAGUUAACCAAGAGGUUAUUUUUCAUCUGUGGUCCCUAUUGCAAAGUUGUGCUUACUUGUGACUUUUACAUAAAAGUUACUGUGUAUGUGA